AUGUUUACAACCAAAUACCUGUCAAAUUUUUAUGAACGCGAAAGUACAGAGAGUCUUGUUGAAAACUGGCGGCCAGAAUCUGUUCUAUUAACAGAAACACAUACCCCAAGUAGUAAUGUUACUGCACAGCAAUCGGCAGAAGAUGUGUCAAAAUUAAUUUCACCAGAUUCAAAUGAAGAAGAAAAAGGUGGAGUGGAGAUUGGCAUUAAUGAUGAUGCAGCUGCAAUUCUCUAUCAGAUGGCCAGUGUAGCAAGUUCUGGCAGCAGUAAUAAAAUUGGAUGUGAUGAAAAAGAUGAGAGCGGGAAAUUUAGGCCAGGAAUUAAUUACGAAGAAAUUUUAUUUACGCCAGGGCUGAUUGACACAUAUAACCCGGAAAGCCGGACUAAGAUUCCCGGACCACAGCUAUUUGAGCGUAUUAUGGAGUACCGUGGGCGCAAGGGUGAAUGGUUCCAGAUUGAAAUUCUACAAGAGGACAGGGAACGGGUAUUUUCCAUGUGUAAUACGCCACGGCUGAGUUCGGCAGUGUCGUUGUAUCAGCAGCAGCGACAGAAGCAGCAGAAGCAGCAGAAGCAGCACCAGCACCAGCACCAGCACCAGCAGUGGCAGCAGCAGUGGCAGCAGCAGUGGCAGUGGCGGCAGCAGCAGCAGCAGGAACAGCCACACGUAAACCCAGAAGAGGCAGAGGCAGAAAUAUCAGCUAAGCUCGGCAAAAAGCCAGAAACUACUGCUGCUGCCGCCGCUGCUGUGAUGCACCACAUUAGCGAGGCGCACCAAAUGAGACUCAUGAGGUUAAAAGAAAAAUACAAUGUCAAGGAAAUUUUUGAAGAGGUUGGGAAGACAAGUGGCCGGCCCUUUGUUGGGGAUGAAACGCCCACAUUAUCUCCUUUGAAAAGUGAUGAAAGUAAACAUGUUGACUCAAUUCUUCAACCUACAUCACCAACCAAGAUGAACAGCUCCAGUCCUAGGAUUUCAAACGAAAUUGGCGAAAUUCUCAAGUAUGUACUUAACUCCUCAGACACUCUGGAGAUCCAAGACGACAUUUUAGAACCAAUAGUGGCUUCCAUUGGUUCGCAUCAUGACAGUUACACAGAGCACACAAAGGUUGUGGAGGAGAAGAAUAGAUAUAAAGCGCCCAGAACAACUAUAAAAGAACAGAACGGACACUCUCGCCGGUUCAGACUACAUCGUCCAUUUAGAUCAAAAUCAACCUGCAGUUCGGGACCAUCUUCAGCGUCGCCGGAACUUGGCAUUGUAGUGACCACCACAGACAUUACACCCGAAAGCUCGAGUCCCAAGUUAUCACGCUUUGGGUCGCUGAGAAAAAGCAUUCUAUCACCGCAGGGAAGCCCCAAAUUAAUCAAGGGAGAUGGCAGCGAUGUGGUGAAAAGCUCAGGGUUUCAAACAACAACAACAACAACAACAACAAAUUGGCAUAAUCCAUUUGCACUUUCAAGCGAAUCAAUUUUUUCACAUAAUUCCGAAAUACAAGCACCUCAGUCGUUAAAAAAGGAGAAAUCUCAUCGGUUCACGCGAAAGAAAAAGUCUAAGGAAGAAAAGGUGGAAAGUAUUCAGGCUUUCGCAGCUUUUAUGGAGGAACGAAGCAGAGAUGCUCUGGUUUUUGAUACUUACGAUAGAGCGUAUUGGGAGGAAACUCUUCCGCCAGUUCUUCCAACUGCUAAUGGGGCGAAUGGGACAAGAGACUCAAGAUCUGCAUCGUCUGGAACGGAUGCAUCUUGGAAGUCUAGAGAAGAAGAGCAGCUCUUUUAUUCAAGAGCCAUGGAACGUCUGCCCGGUAAUAACCGACAAUUCCAUACAAAAAGAUCUUUUGAAUACCAGGCGGUGGCUUCAAAUAGCAAUUUUGAAUCCAAUGACAAAAGAAAAACCAGCAAAAGUAUAAGAAAAGGAAAAUCUCGAAGGCAUGAAACCCCCCAGGUGACUGAAGAACGACCUGAUCCUAACGCAUUCGCCAGUUAUAAAUACAAGGGGUCGCGUGCAUCUGUAAACCGAAUUUCGGAUAUAGAAGGGCUCGAUGAAGACAAUCCUGAAGUCAUUAUCGUGAAUUCUGCUGAGGAGGAAUUAUUUGAGAAAGAGCACCGGGGCUUUAGAAGCACCUUUUUCCGCAACAAAACGACGAGAAACCGCGAAAAAGAAGAUUGGCAGGUAUCUGGUUGUACAAACUCACAGACAAUGGGUAAAAAGAAAUUAAAUGAAACCGUCAUAAAAGGGCAUGGGCGCCGACGAAAGUACAAAGACGGGUUAUGA